AUGGUGUACAACCGGCGGUCUGCCUUCGGACCGCAUCUUUGGUUCUUGAUACGCAUCGACCCGAUGCCGGGCGCGCUGGCCUCGCACGCCGGCUGGAUUGGCCUAACCGCCGCGUCGCCGGCGCUCAUCGGCGUGUCAGUCUUGCGCGAGCACCUGCAGGCGCUCCUCUCACAGGAGGCGGUGCCCGUGUUGGUCGAGGCGAUCCACACGGCCAGGUGGAGCACGCGCGCCUACGACAGCCGCGACGCGGCGAAGAGCAAGAUUCGCGUCGGCCAGUGCGAGGCGCGCGCGGUCGCCGAUCCGGAGCGCGACUUGCGACCUGCGCCGCCGCGUUUCGCUGGCACUCCUCCGGGGCAGCGGCCUCCGCCGCCGCACCACGGCAACGGCGUGCCGCCUGGAGCGCCGCGGCCGCCUCCGCCGGGCGUGCCGAUGCGUGGCGGCCCUCCGCCGCAGCCCGGCAUGCGGCCUCCUCCGCCUCACGCCGGCUUGCCGCCGGGCGGAGGCCCUCCUCCUCCCGGCGGCGCAGCGGGGCCGGGCGUGCCUGCUCCGCGGGCGCCUCCGCCCCGCUUCGGAGCCACUCCUCCCGGCCAGCGCCCUCCUCCGCCCGGCCCUCCGCGACAGCCUUCUCCGGGCAGCCACCCGCGCGGCGGCCCUCCUCCGGGCCCGCCUCCUCCAGGUCCUCCCCCGCCUCGGGGCGCGCCGCCGCCGCCCGGAGCUGCAGCCGCCCCGCCGACCGUGCCGCUGGCCGGCUUGGCGGUGGGCGGGGCGGGGCUGGGCGGCGAGAGGCCUCGCGCUGCGCCGGCGAGGCGCAUGUACGCCGCCGGCGAGCUCGGCGGGGAGAAGGCCGCGCCGGGCGGCGGCGUGGGCGGCGCGCCUCCUCCUCCUCCCGCCCAGCAGCCGGGUGGGGAGCGGCCCAGCACGAGGACUGCCAACGGAGGCGGAGGCAGCAACCGGAUCGACCCGUCCCAGAUCCCGAGGCCGACGCCGGCGGGGGCUGCGCCGGAGUCGUUCCUCACGCGGGCGGGCAUGGGAACCCUGCCCCCGCCCGCCGCCUCCGCCUACGUCGCCAUCGACGACGGCAACUGCCCGCCUCGCCUGCUGCGGCACACGCUGAACCAGGUCGCCACGCUCGAGGACGCGGCGGUCGCGUGCGGUGUCCCGACGGCGUGCGUCAUCCAGCCGCUCGCCGAGCCUGCGCCGGGCGAGGCGCCCGUGCCGCUCGUCCACCCCGGGCCUGACGGGCCGCUUCGGUGCGGCCGGUGCCGCGCGUACGCCAACCCGUUCUUCGCCUUCGUCGACCGCGGCCGCUCCUUCUCCUGCAACUUGUGCGGUGCCGUCACGCCGCUCCCGCCCUCCGAGAUCGUCGACCUCGACCAGCCCGAGCUCUCCUGCGGCGCCGUCGAGUUCGUCGCGCCGCCAGAGUACCAGGCCCGCCCGCCGCUCCCUCCGCCGCUCCUCCUCCUCCUCGAGGUGACGCAGCCGGCCGCCGCCGCGACCGUCGUCGACACGGUGCUCACCGCCCUCUCCGCCGUCCUCCCCUCCCUCCCGCCUCACACCCGCGUCGGCUUCGUCACCUUCGCCGACGCGCUCCACUUCUACGCGCCCGGCGGCGGCGGCGGCGGCAACGGGCACGGCGCGGCGGCGGGCGGCAGCCGGCUGACUCAGUACGUGGUAGCGGACUUGGCCGAGAUCGGCCUCCCUCUCCCCGCCGAGGCGCCGCCCGCUGCCGCUCUCCGGGCCGUCAAGAGGAGCUCUCGCGCAAUCCUCCUCGCGCGCGACGCGCUGCUCGGCGUCUUCGAGGCGGUUCGCACCACCCUCUUCGCCUCCUCGCGCCGACCCGACGCUGCCUUUGGCGCGGCGAUGGAGGCGGCGCGGCUGCUCCUCGCGCCGACGGGCGGGCGCGUGCUCGUCUUCAGCCACACGCUGCCGUCGGUCGGCCCUCUCAAGCUGGUUCACCGGGACGACGUGCGCACCUACGGCACCGAGAAGGAGCAGGCGCUGCUGCAGCCGGCGGACAGCGGCUGGACUGCGCUGGCCGCUGCGCUGGCAGCGGUGCACGCGAGCGUCUCGACCUUCCACUUCACGACGAGCAACUUCGUCGACAUGUCGUCGACGGCGCCUCUCAGCCGGCUGACGGGCGGCCAGCUCUACCACUACGCGAACGCGGCGCCCGAGUCGCGCGACGCCGAGAUUUGGCGCUGCCUGACUCGUCCCUUUGGGUACGAGGGUGUGAUGCGCGUGCGGACCUCGCGCGGCUUGCGCGUGGACCACUACUUGUGGGGCUCGUCGCUGCCGGGCGACCGAGACGUCGACGUGCCCGGAAUCGACGCCGACGGUGCCAUCGGGGUCACCUUCCUGCACGACGACAAGAUCAUCGACGGCUCGAACCCGUGCGUCCAGCGGAUUCGGGUGCUCACCUCGGCGCUGAUCGCGACGUCUUCGAUGCCGUCGCUCUACCGCCACGCCGACCUCGACGCGCUGCUCAACAUCAUGAUGCGGCAGGCCGCCCUCGCUACCAGCCGGUCGACGAUGCAAAAGCUGCGCGAGGCGGUGGUGGCGCGCUGCGUCACCAUCCUCGCAAACUACCGCAAGACGUGCGCCGCCUCAACCUCCGCUGGCCAGCUCAUCCUCCCGGAGGCGCUCAAGCUGCUACCCCUCUACGCCCUCUCCCUCACCAAGGUGGGGCUGCUGCGGGCGGGGACCGACGUGCGAGCCGACGAGCGCGCCGCCCACCUCGCCGCCGCUUGCCGCAUGGGCUGCACCUCGAGCGGCGGUUUCAUCUACCCGCGCCUCUACUCCCUCCGCUCCAUCUCGGAGGCGGGCGCCGCCGCCGCCGCCGCGCCGCCGCCGCCCGACGCCGACCCCGCCGCAGACACGUCGCCGCUCGCCCUCGCCGCUGCCGCGGGCGGCGGGCGGCUGGGCGACACGACGGCGCUCUCGUUCGAGAAGCUGGACAGCGCGGACUGCUACCUCCUCGACGACUCCCUCUCGCUCACGCUCUGGAUCGGCGCGCGCGCGCCCGCCGAGCUGCUGCAGCCGCUGCUCGGGAUCGCGUCGGCCGCGGGCGUCGACGCGUCGCGCCUCCGCGUGGCCAAGCUCGAGACGGCGCCGAGCGCCGCGCUGCACGGCUUGCUCAGCGUGAUCCGCGCCCAGCGGCCGCACUUGGCAUCCAUGACUUACGUCGAGUUCCUCUGCCACGUCCACCGCCAGAUCCAGAACAAGCUCGCCUAA